AUGUCCCCGACACUCUUGGUCCACUUCUUCGGAAUUUUGUCCAUCAUCAUCAUUGUUGGUAGCAGCUCUGUGGGCUAUGGCAUUGACAAGAAAAGAGUCAUUGGUUUGGGUCUCGGGGCCAUUCAGGGACCUGACUAUGACGACACACCCAACCCAGAGUUCCUCAACCCGUCCUGGAUGGCCAGCAUCCCUGAUGAUCAGCCGCUGUCUGAGGUCACCAUGCCUGGGACGCACAACACCAUGGCCGUGUACGGCGGUGUGUACGCUGAGUGCCAGACCUGGAGCCUGGCCUCCCAGCUCCAAGCCGGCGUCCGCUUCCUGGACAUCCGUGUCCGUCACGUCAAUGGGAACCUCACCAUCCAUCACGGGGUGUCGUAUCAACGGGCGCACUUUGGCCACGUGCUGGAGGGUGUGUCUGACUUCCUCCGAGAGUAUCCCACUGAAACAGUGCUGAUGCGUCUGAAGGAGGAGUUCAGUGAGACGGGCAACAUAUACGGUGCUGUGGUAGACUACAUCCAUCGCUAUGCUCACUGGGACCUGCUGUGGCACAGCCGGCUCGUGCCGACCAUGGCAGAGGCCCGAGGGAAACUCAUAGUCCUGCAAGAGUUUUCUGGGCCAGACUUGGGAAUGCGCUAUGGUUCCCUGGAUAUAGCUGAUGACUGGAAGGUACCCACACUUCUGAAUGUGGAGGAGAAAUGGCAGAGCGUCUAUAACCACCUGGAGGCUGCACCUACAGGAAACAAGGCCCAGAUUUUCCUCACCUACAGCAGUGGAGCCGGUGUGCUUGCGUACCCCAGAGUCAUCGCUCAGCGCAUCAAUGCACAGCUGUACGACUACCUGAGGGCCAAGACGGACCUGAACCAGCGCCUUGGAAUCAUCUGCAUGGACUUCCCUGCUGCUCCAAUUAUUCAAAUGAUCAUUGACUUCCAACUGAGAGAGGUCAGAAAGAGAAGUCAGGCCUUUAACCCAGUACCCAGGAAGGCAAGUUUGAAACAUGUAAUUUCUUCACUGAGGGAGAGGAGAAUCAAACAUUAGGGGGUGAACAGCAGACUGGUCAAUGAAUGCACCACAAUGAGAAACAGAGCUCGAAUUCAAUAGUGAAGUGUAACCAUACGACUCUACUGUA